AUGGCGACUUGGUCUCAUCUCAUUCGCUUCCAAAGCAACAACAACAUAUACUAUGGCGAUGCCAUCUUCCCCAAAGGGAGCGAUCCGACUGACGUAGUCUCAAUUGCAGCGGCGGGAAAGCUACAAGCCCAUAUCAUCGAAGGCGAUGGGAACCCCAUUUCGAUAAUAUCGCCUGGAGUGAAAGCCACGGGCAAGAUUGCGCCGGUUGAGAAGCUUUUGAGCCCCAUCAUAAGAGAACAAGUGCCCAUAAUUCGCUGUAUUGGCCUGAAUUAUAUGAAGCAUAUUCAGGAGGGUGGUCGCACUCCGCCGCCAUACCCUUCCCUUUUCAUCAAGCCUUCCACAUCAUUGGCGUCUUUUGACGCUGAAAUCCCCAUUCCCAAGAUUGCCCAAGAGACAUUGGACUAUGAAGGCGAAUUGACAAUUGUCAUCGGUCGAACAGCGCGCGACGUAACUGAGGCCGAGUCGCUGGACUACGUAGCAGGGUACAUCACUGGCAAUGACCUGUCGUGCCGAAUAUGGCAACGCGAUCCCAAAUACGCUGGCAAUGUCCCUCAAUGGUGCUUCUCCAAGGGAUUUGAUGGGUUUGCACCAGUGGGACCCAUGAUCGUAUCUCCCAAGGUUUUGGCUGCCGCCGACAAACAAUCGCUGCAGACGUUGGUCAACGGAGAGGUCAGACAGGAUUCCGAGACCUCGGAUUUGUUGUUCGGAGUCAGAAAGAUCGUAUCAUUUCUCAGCCAGGGGACAACGCUGGAGACAGGUACAUUGAUUAUGACGGGCACCCCUGCAGGUGUGGCUCUUGGGAUGAAAGUACCAAAGUACUUGACCGAUGGAGAUGAAGUAGAGGUGAAGAUUGGUGGCUUGGGGAGCCUCAAGAACAAGUUGAGAUUCAUGUAG